AUGGCCGAGCCCAUCGUGCAGACCAUCUACAGGGAUCCUGCUCUGUUCUACUGGAUCCUGCUGCCCAUCACCGUCGUCAUGGUCCUUACUGGCAUCCUGCGACACUACCUCUCCACUCUCCUACAAUCCGCACCCAAGCCGCAAGCCAUCAAUCUGGUGCGCCAACAGCGGUCGCUCAUGCGCGGCGUCAACCUCCGCAACAACUACAACCAGCUCUCCCCGUCCUCGUUCGCUGCCCGCAAGGCAUACAUGGUCCAAGCCUACAAGGACGGCUCCUUCCUCGCCGAGCCCGAGAUGCGCGGUCAGCCCAAGGGAAAUCCCAUGGCCGACCCUGCCGCCAUGGAAGGCAUGAUGGGCAUGAUGAAGGGCCAGGUCGCCAUGAUGGUGCCUCAGAGUUUGAUCAUGGGCUGGAUCAACGCCUUCUUCUCGGGCUAUGUCAUCAUGAAGCUUCCUUUCCCUCUGACCCCUCAGUUCAAGUCUAUGCUGCAGUCGGGUGUUGGUACCAGAGAUCUCGACGUCCGAUGGGUUUCGAGUUUGUCUUGGUACUUCCUGACUCUGUUCGGUCUGCAACCCGUCUACAACUUCAUCCUUGGUAGCAACAACGCCGCCAGUCAGGUCACGCAGCAAAUGGCCCAGGCUCAGAUGGGUGCCAACCCCAUGGGUGGCCAGGAUCCUGACAAGGACUUCCUGAACGAGGCAGAGAACCUCGAGGUCCUCGAGCAUCACUGCAUUCUUGACGGCGUCGAGGACAGGCUGCUGUCCAGUCUAGCUUAG